CGAAAUCCAGAAGAGACAAGUCUUGAAGACUUUUGUCCAAAAAGUUGACCUGGCCAGUUGGAUGGGUUAUUGAUUCUUAUUGGUUUGAUCAGUUUAAAUGGUUUAAACUUACCAUUGGGUGUUGGUUUGAUUGGUUCUAUCAACUGGUCCAAUCUGGUUUUCAAAACAAUGAGCUUAAGUUCCCGAAGGAGGCUCAACUCUCCUUAAGAUUAGUGUAAAUUCUUGUUCAGUAUUUAGGGAGUAAAGACCAUUAUUUGUCAGCACAAAAAAAACCUGCUCUUCUCAAAACCAGAACAGAACUAUGUAGCAUCAAUAUGGAUUCAGUUUGUCACAGAAUUUUGGCACUAUUGAAGAUUGCGUUGGUGCUUGUCGUCCAGGAAGUCUUUGGAGAUGACGAUGAAAUGGAGAAGUUUUUGAUCAAUAUUCUCUGGAAAGGAGAUGACGAAGCCAGGAGAACUUCGCUGCUAAAGCUGCUGUUGCUAGAAUUUGUACCAAGUUUAGGUGGAAAUACCCUGUUCUGCUUAUGCAAAAUGUUAAUUCCUCUUUCUUUUGAUUCACGCGUGAUCCGGUAUGUGGUACGCUGGACUUUGGUGCAUCUCAUGAAGCACUGCUUUACCUAUGGGUUGAAUUCAUUUAGAAAUGCUUUUCAGUUGUUUUAAUUUUUAAUUUUAAUGUCUUUUUAUUAUUAUAAAAAAUAUAAAAUGUAAUUAAAAUA